AUGGGUCGGGAUGAGGAUGAUACUGAUGUUCCCCGGCAUCGCAGGCCUACCGCUUCUGCCCGUAGGCAACGGGUUCAGGUUGAUGUUCCUCCUCAGGUGAUUGAGGAUAUUCUUGAUGUGACAGAGGAUAUUCCUCAUGUGGACAAGGACAUUCCGACUGCGGACGUAGAUGCUGUAGACGUUGCUGUUGAUGGUGCCGGGGGAUCACCUACUGAGCAUGGCGAGGGAUUCCCUGGUAGGCCACAUGACACAUCAUUGCUGACAUCAUUUGCUGACCAUGUGGCAUACAGUAUCUGGCGUGAACGACCUGAGUUGAAGCUGGUCUCCCAUGGUAGGAAAGUUGAUAAAUUUGGGAGUCCAGUGCCUGAGAUUGAGGGCCUUGUUGUCGGCAUCGGAUUAAGUCCAUUGAUCGGGUGUUCCGUGGUCACUGGCGAUCCUGGACUGAUAUCCGUAUUUGCGAAGAGGUGGCAUAGGGAGACCAACACCUUCUACAUUCUAGUGGGGGAGUUGACGAUCAUAUUGGACAAUGUGGCAUGUCUCCUCCAUCUUCCUAUCACAGGGGCAUUACAUAGGUUUGAGCCUCUGGGCGUGGACAAGGCUGUCUUGCUGUUGAUUGAGCUUCUAGAGGUAUCCGCCGAGGAGGCUCGAGCUGAGACCGUACGUGCUCAUGGGGCUUACGUGCGACUGUCAUGGCUCCGUGAGGUGUAUGAUAGUAGAUGCCAAGCCUGCCAUUGGAUUGUAGCAACGCGUGCUUACCUCCUCCAUCUGGUGGGUUGUACUCUUUUUGCUAAUAAGAGUGCAAUCCAUGUUCAUGUGGUGCAUCUAGAGGUGUUUCGAGACCUUGGUCAGUCUAGGGGCUAUGCCUGGGGAGUUGCCGCACUGGUUCACAUGUAUGACCAGUUAAAUGAAGCUUCGCAGACCCCCACAUGA